AUGCAGUUCAAGAUCGCGCUCCUAGCCGCCGCCGCCGGCCUCCCGUAUACGGCCCUCGCGGCCUCGGGCUCCGGCGUGUCGACGCGCUACUGGGACUGCUGCAAGCCGUCGUGCGCGUGGUCGGGCAAGGCUGCGGUCAGCAAGCCCGUCACGACGUGCGACAAGAACGACAGCCCCCUGGCCGACGCCGACGCGCAGAGCGGAUGCAACGGCGGGCCCGCCUUUGCGUGCACCAACAACUCGCCGUUUGCCGUCAACGAUAACCUGGCGUACGGGUUCGCCGCGACGGCGCUCAGCGGCGGGACCGAGUCGAGCUGGUGCUGCGCGUGCUAUGCGCUCAAGUUCACGUCCGGCCCUGUCGCGGGCAAGACGCUCGUCGUACAGUCAACCAACACGGGCGGCGACCUGGGCAGCAACCACUUCGACCUCAUGAUCCCGGGAGGCGGCGUGGGCCUCUUCGACGGCUGCACGCCCGAGUUUGGCGGCAUCCCCGGCGCGCAGUACGGCGGCGUGUCGUCGCGCGCCGAGUGCGACCAGAUGCCCGAGAAGCUCAAGGCCGGCUGCUACUGGCGCUUCGACUGGUUUCUCAACGCCGACAACCCGAACCUGACGUUUGAGCAGGUCAAGUGCCCGGCGGCGCUGACGGCCAUUAGCGGGUGCGUUAGGCAGGACGACGGGAGCUUUCCGGCGGCUCCCAGCGCGUGA